GGUUACGGAAUGUGAGAUUUUUCUGUCGUUGUUGGUAAAGUUCCUAGAUAUUGACAAACCAUUCUGGCAACGUUCACUCGCUUUGGAAGUAUUGCAUGUCCUUUGUCUUCAACCAAAACUGCUCAGGUAACUGAUACAUGUUUUCGGGUGGACAUGACAAAAUUAUCCCGAAAAGAUUUUUAGUCAUACCUGACUGGCUGGCACUCCAACGUUUAUUGCCGCGUACUUGAGUUUUCUUUAAAGCCGAUUUACACUAGCCGAUUUCGCAUGCAAUCUGCUUACAACGUAGGCGCGUUGUUUAGUGUAAAUCGGCCUUGACAAUGCAAUCAUAACAACAUGGUAGGUCGUAUCAGGGAUAAUAAAAGAAAUGGAUAGGAAACUAGCUGACGUGACCUAAUGUUUUCAAUGGGCUGAUGGCGUGGUUGGAUGUUCAAACCUAGUUGCAAACCGAAUUCUCAAAAACGGCAUGUUUAGCAAUAAUACAGAUAAACAUUUUAGUCAAAGAGCAAAUAAAUAUAACUACGCCAUUCUACGAUGAAACCUCUAAGUAUUCCCAGUCAAUUUUAGCAAAUAUUUCAAGUAUUAGCAAAUAUUUAAAGACCAAAGAAUUGCGUGUCUGCUUUUCUAAGCUUACCCCAUCGUUUGCCCCUAUUACCAUUCGCGGUCAAGAGGUCGACGUCGUUUCCGAGGCCAAACUAUUGGGCGUUGUCCUUUCGGACGACCUCAAAUGGAACUGCCAUAUUGACUACAUUUGCAAGAAAGCCGCGAAGCGUUUGUACGGUCUGCGCCUUCUUAAAAGAAAUGCUUUACCUUCUCAUAUUCUGAUCUCAACCUAUUGUACACAUAUUCGACCAAUUGUCGAAUAUGCUUGUCAGGUGUGGCAUUAUGGCCUUCCUUAUUACCUGAGUGAUCAAGUUGAAAAAAUACAAAAAAGGGCGUUAAAAAUUAUUUUCCCUGGAACUAUCUAUGCUGAAUGUUUGCUUAAAGCUAACUUGACGACUCUUUACGAACGUAGAACUGUCCAUUGCAAGCGACUUUUUUCGAAGAUGUUGGAACCCACUCAUAAACUGAAUGCCUUAGUACCGCCUAAAAGUCUUCAAACUUAUAAUCUGAGGUCUUAUCCCAACUUAUUAGUACCUAGGUGUAGAACUGAACGUUUUUCGAACAGUUUCAUUCCUGCUGCGUCUCGUGCUUAUAAUAAUAAGUAAACUUUAGAUUAUUAUCGUUAUUUUUAUCUAACUUACCUAUUUUUACCUGUAAAUAUAGAAUAGAUUAAAUACCUAUGUUCUUAUACCCUGUAAUUCCAAAGUAAUUCAGUUGUUACUGCUAGUUUGGAAAUUUAUAAUAAUAAUAAUAAUAAAAGUACUAAACAGUGAAACAUGCAUCGCAAAUUUCGUUAAAAUUGGCGACGCCAAUUCCGUAGCUACAAAUGUAAAAAAAUACAAAACAAAGACGAAAAACAUAUACCUUGAAUACUUUGUCGUGGCUUGGGCAUGUUUUUAAAACAAUUAGACCAGUUUAUGCUUCAAUAUUACUCUUUUAAAGCGGAAAAUAUAGCGAAACAACAAAAAUGCUGAGAACUUUGACAAUGCGCGUGACGUCACAGAUUGCAACUAGGUUUAGACUGUGACGUCAGGAAGUUUCCUAUCCAGUUAUUUUACAAUCCAUGGUCUAUUAAGUAGGCGAUCUACUGUAUAGCAGAGAGAGGUUUUUUUUUGUAAAUGGAAUAUUCGAACGCAAAUCUAUAUACAUUUAUCAGGUUGAUAGUUGUGAAAAAUGAAACUAUAGGCCCACAGAAGUCGAACCUGCGGCCCUGCCGUGCGAUUCCGGUGCACCAACUGAGCUACAGAGUCCAGUACCUAAGUAGAAGUAUAUUUGAGUGUGUUUGUAUGUAUGGAUUUGGCCAGAGCCCCUCGUCGCACCGCGCGUAAGAAGGGUUCUGGGUACGAGAAUGGACCCAACCAGGAGUACUGUAGUUCGGAAAAAAUACCCCGAAAAUGCAAUAAAAAACCCUCUGACCAUAUAACAGCCUGCAAUAUAACAUUUUUUCAUCUUAAUAUCCUCUUCCAGAUCAUUCUGUCAGUAUUAUGAUAUGCAAGAGCACUCAACCAAAGUCUUCCAUGAUCUCGUCAACUCAUUGGCUAGUUUUAUCCAAUCACUUUACUCCGGCGCUGGCCAGCAGACCUCGUCAGUAACUCCACCCCACUCUCCCUCAUCGCAUUCCGCGCCUCCGACCCAGUCCUCUGGAAACACCGCCGCUAAUGGUGGUACACCUAUUCCAGGAUUUCACUACCAUGGCGUAUGGUUGCCGCUCGUGAAGUUACCUUCAGGGUUAGCUAGACCUGUAUAGUAAGUACUAGCUCAAUAUUUUUAAUCUAGAUCAGUUUCAGCCUGUCACGGUCAUGCAUUAUUGACCGAGGGCUUCUGCCAGCAAUUUCUGACAUGGGAAAAAAUAUCAUAUCGGAUAUAAAAUAUCAUGUAGAAAAUUUGUGUCGGUUUUUGCAUAGCCUAUCGAAGGGAAAACCCAUCUUCCCUUCGAUAGGCUAUGCAAAAACCGACACGAAUUUCCUACAUGAUAUUUUAUAUCCGAUAUGAUAUUUUUUUCCUAUGUCAGCGAAAGAAAUUGCUGGCAGAAGCCUGAGGUUAAUGUCGUUGCGAUUGCCCUGCCAGUUUUUGUGUUAACGUUAUUUGAAUUUGGCAAAGUUAAAAAAUUAAAUAAUAAUAUAACUCAUUAUCUAUGUCAGUGAACGUUUAUUCAUCAAAUCUGGCCCUUCACCGUCACGUGCGUAUUGUAUUUUUGCCCAACUAACCAAUAGCAAUGUUUUAGGGAAAGUUCCGUGAGUCGAACAAUACAAUAGGGUAAAUUGGAAAUUGCUAUUGGUGGAUUUGGCAAAAAUACAAUACACACGUGACGGUGAAGGACCGUAUUUAUGAAUAAACGUUAACUAACAUAAUGAGUUAUAUUGUUAUUCUAAUGAGUUUCACAUCUUCCCUUCGAUAGGCUAUGGUUUGUGUAACCAAUGUUUUUGUACACGUUACCGGAUCGAAUAAAUAUUCAAUACAAUGCAGUACAAUCAAACAAAAAUCGCGAGAUUCUCGCGUGGCCUAAGUGCCGGUUUAGGACGGCGAACUUUCCAUGCGCCGAACCCAAUAGAACGAUUAAGUACGACAGAAGAGCGGCGUCUAAAGUUUCGCAAGUUUUGAUUAGGUUCAACACGGCACAAAAUACGGCAAAACUAGUGUCGUAUUAUGCGACACAGCUUUGACAUGAGUUUAGACUUUAGACGCUGUGCCGAACUUGAUUGAUUAUGAUAUAUUAUGGUAUAGCGAGUGGGUCACUUUUUUUGUUCUUCCCACAUUAUGUCAUAGCCUACUGUGUAUCUAUAACUGAAUAGACAACGGCAAAAUCGUAUCUAUUUGUUUUAUAUAAUAAAAAGAAAACCCCCGAAUUAAACCGGUAAAUAGCUUACUUUUUAUCCACUCAAACAUUUGGAAAUUUGAAACGGUCGAAAUUUUACAAAUAUCACGCGUGCAUGAUCUAUAGAAAUAAGGCAAUGCUAUUGGCUACCUUAUGUCACGUGCUGUGUUGUGAUUGAGCCAAAUUGGCUGCACAAAACAAAGAGUUUUGUGUGACGUAAUUCCGUGCGUCUAUCCACUAAUGGAUCAUGGCUGUCGACCAAUGGAAGCGCUUGAAUUCUAUUAUAUAAUAAUUUCUUAAUGACGUCCUACAUCAUACAUUGGUCUCCCACUUCUACAGACAUUCGAAUUUCUCUCUACUGGUUUGUGUGCAUGAACGUAUGCGCGUAACAUGUCUUUAAAUGGUCCCACAAUAAUAGGCAAUUCCAGCUUUUAGUUUAUGCCUGCAGGGGACGAUGGGAAGUAAGGUAUCAUAUUGCUGAUUAUGCUGAAAAAUUUCAAUAAAAACUACCGAAACAACCGAAAUAUUUCAAUAUUUACAAGUAUAAGCUAUCACUCCGUGUUUACACGGCCACCAUUUUUAUUCUUUCAGCAUAAUCAGCAAUGUGAUACCUUACUUCCCAUCGUCCCCUACAGGCAUAAACUAAAAGCUGGAAUUGCCUAUUAUAUCGAAUACAUUUAUAUAUAUACAUACAUGUACAGAACUGCUCCCUGAUGACAGUUCUUUUUCCAGAAAAUCCCUCCAUUAUAUAUUUUUCUUUCAUAAUUUUUAUGAUCAAGAAAAAAACAACGGUUUUUUCAAGGUGGCUUAAAAAGGUUCUUAGAGUCAGGGCAAGUCAUUUUCACAGGAAUUUUUUCUCUCUCGUUUUGAUAUAGUCUUGAACAGUUAGACAGAAUCGACACUCCCAACGUUGCUGAAGCGUACGCUAUGACGGUGGCUUUCAAGACUUUGUUAGCUUUAGUAAACAGUAUUGAUGAACUUGUGAAGUCUACGUUGAAGACGGAAGAGACGACGAAGGUUGAAGGAUGGAUUGAACCACCUGAGGAAGUGAAAACACCAGAUCAGACUGGUGUGGGAACUGAGGCUGUCGAGAAUAGCAAUAGUGACGAAGGUUGGUAUAACAUGGUACCACCAUUACCAAUACCAUCAAUGAAUGUGGUGGUAAUGAUAGUGGUAGUUAGGGUGGUGAUGAUGGUAGUGAUGGUGAUGAUGGCGGCUGCAAUGAUGUUGGCGGUCAUGAUGGAGAUGAUAAUGACGAUGAUGUUGGUGGUAGUGAUGGUGAUUGUGAAGACAGUGGUGAUGACGAUGGUGGUGAUAAUGGUUAUGAUGGUGAUUCACUAUUUGUAUAGUGCGAUGAAGGAGUACGAAUUGCUUAGCUUUGAAACAAAUGAUAGCGAUAUUGCGUUUGUUAAGCGACGUUUUGAUGCUACAACGUGCGUUUCAUGUUAUAUUAAUUACAUAUUGCGUUGAUUUUAAUAAAACGGUUCGUGUUUACAUUAGCAAAUUAUUACGUUAGCAUGCAAAGUUUAAAUUUAUGUUACGUAAUAAAUUAGAUGAAUUACAUUAAGAAACUUAAAACAGAUUAAACAAAUUUCUGUCUUUCAUAAAUUUAUCAAACAAGUACAGAAAAAACAAAAAACAAAAAACAAUAAACAAACAUACCAAACAAUACAAACAUAAGGCCCAUAAAUGUAAUUAAUAUAACUUGAAAAUGAUGCACGGCAUAGCAUCGAAACGUCGUUUAAUAAAUGUAAUAUCGCUAUCAUUUGAUUCAAAAUUAUUUUCAACAAAGUUUUUGAUUAAGAAUUCUUAGCAUUCAUUAAAUUUAUCUUUCCUUUCACCAGAGAAUAAUCUGAACGAAGUAUGGAAACAAAUGUUGAAUUCUUCAUGGUGUGGCUUGCUCGCUGCUUUGUCGCUGUUACUGGAAGCAAUGUAGGUUUUGUCGGAUGGAAUACAGACUGAUUCCGAUAGAUAACGGAAAGUAGCGAUCAUUUCAGUUUUGUCUAGUCGCCCGUACUUGUAUACUUACUCUUAGCCAAAACUAACUCACAGUACAAUUACCCUCGCGUAAUGGACCAUUUGCAUUAUAGACUAAAUUUUGAUCUAGACAAAAAUUUCAUCACAGCUUGAAAGAGCACCACAAAAUUAGUAAUAUUCCAAAGUUUCGUUGCGAAAUGUUGUAAAAUGCGGAUAAUAUAGGCUUGCGAAAUUUGCAAUUUUCAGUCAUUUUAGAUUACAAACUGGAAAUUGGUGCCCCAACACCCGAUUGGGCUGUCAAUUUCCCGUGCGCAAUACAAAAUGACUGAAAAACGGCAAACUUCGCAUGGCUAUAUUAUCCGCAUUUUACAACAUUUCGCAACGAAACUUUGGAAUAUUACUAAUUUUGUGAUGCUCUUUCAAGCUGUGAUGAAAUUUUUGUCUAGAUCAAAAUUUAGUCUAUAAUGCAAAUGGUCCAUUAGGCCUCCGAUAUAGGACACAUUUGAUUUUACAAGCUUUGUCACAACAAGAAUACAUGGCAAAUAACAAUAAUCACGCAGGCCUUGAGUUUUUAUAGAAAAAAACCCUAUUAACUACUGCCUGGGAAAAAUCAUGCAAAUCUGGGGAAAAUUCUAAUAUGCAAUUGCGCCCAGCAGUGCUGUCCAAGAUUGCCUGCAUGUGACGGAAACCAAAUUAGGUUACCGCCAAAUUAUGUUCACGGUAACCUGGGUUUUCCAAGACAAAAGCUUGUCAGGAAAAUUCAGAGUGUAUUGAUGAUGUGCACGUAAAUCGUGAAGGAACCAACUAGACCACAAAUAUACCUACUAGACCACCAGAUAAAAUAUCAUCAGCCAAAGUAGAAGUAUGUGAAGAUAUUCUGUCGGGUUUAAAGUUGCUCUGGACGAUUCGGCGGACUAUAAAUUUUCUAGCCAGGUCGAAUUUCGAGUACACACUUUGAUCUCACACUAAGAAAAUUUGAUAGUUUGAUCUAGUGCAUAAUGACAACAGUUUCUUUUCAUUUGCAGUAAUGACGAGGCAGCGACGGAAGGAAUCUUAAAAUGCUACCAAAUAUUAUCCAACAGUUGUGGCUUACUUGACCUGACUUUCCCGAGGGACGCGUUCAUAAUGUCCGUAUGUAAAGCUUCUCUACCCUCCCAAUGUUCCCUCUCUGUACUCAGUGUUCCCUCGUUGGAUACAACCGGUGACCCCAAGUUUUUGUCGUCUCAAGCGUCCGACCUCGCGGAAAAGAGUGGGGCGACCGGAAGUGGUUUUCCCACUAUGGUUGCCGGAAUGGCGCCUGGCGCCCAAAGCGGUCCUGUGACAGUAAGUAGCUGGGGCAAGUUCGCUCGUCCCUAAAAUCAACGUCUGUUUUCACUGUAAGCUACUAUUUAACGAUUGGAUUACGAGCUCGAGAUUUUGAGGGCGAAGCCCGAAUCAACUAUCACCUCAUAGAAAUCGAGAGCGAGUAUAAUCUUAUUGUUUUAGUAGAAUCAGAGAUCAAACAUAAAAUAUUCCUCAGAAACCUCACAAAAACGCCAACCGGAAGAAAAUGAUUGUUUUGCUACUCGCUAUCUAUCGAUGAAUAGAUAGCGAGUAGAGUAGCCAAUCAAAUUACAUCAUUUGCAAUGGUAUACUAGUAUGAUUCUACUAGUAACAUAUGUUAUAUAACUAAUUUAGUUGUCAUCGAAGAACAUUCGCUGUAUGAGAGCAAUUUUGAACCUUGCACAUUGUCAUGGAGGAAUAUUGGGCUCGUCGUGGUACAUAUUGCUGGCCACUUUAAAGGUGCGGUAAUAUCCACAUUUAGCAUAUACUACUAUAGUGGAUAGUGCUUUUCAUGCAAUGUGAUUAGUUGCUCAGCUCCUUACCCUAUUCACCUCCAGACAAAAGCAAAAUGGCUUCCCACUUCGUGACUGAGAAAUGUUUUUCAUUCAUCGAUAUUUUCAGCACUUGACGUGGAUGCUAGGGCUCAUACCCGCUGACGGUGGCAGUUUAAAAUCUGGACCGAUAAGUGACAUCCCGAAUUUGGUAGGUAUAACUUCAUUUAACGACAAUUCUUAUAGAAUUUUGCUCUUUUCUUAAAUACAGUAAAAAUCUGUUGUGUUGGCUUUAUUUGAACUAAAUUUUUCGUUUGUUGCCAGGUUGUGAGUUCCUCUUUGAAAAACGAAAUUCCAGUCUUGUCCGCCAUGCUGUCCAGACUUUUCGAAAGCUCACGGUACGGAAAAUGUUAAUGUAAUUAAAAAAUAAGAGACUUGAAUUCCUGGGUGAUGUAUAAUAUUACCGUCCUCAAAAUGUUUUAUCUGGAGGGUUCCUUUGGGCAAUCCUCGCCUCAAUGAUUUCUAAUUUUUUACACGAUAGCAGAGUACAUUGUAAUGGAAUAGCCUAUAGCUGUAACAUUGUUUGUCAGAGAAAGAGGCUUUCAUCUCUGAUAUCAUGGGUUCGAUUAUCGUUCCGGACUCAAGUCAUUCAUGAAAAAAGAGUCCGUCAACACUCUAUCGACAGUCGUGGGUUUUCUCUGAGUACUCCGGUUUCCUCCAACAGGGAACGUUAACCGGGUGGGUUGGGAUUACUGAUCCUUUCACCAUGCCUGUGCUCCGUGGUCAGACUUGAGUCACAAGGUGGCUGCCAGAGGGGCCCUAGCUCAGACAACAUUCGACUCAAUCAGGUUGAGGUGCGUCCUUCCCAAUUCACUUAGCUCUCAGCCGCAAGAAAUGAUGAUUAUAGCACACCUCAACGUAUACUAACUUACAAUUAGUUAAGCAAAUUUGGGCGCAUUGUCCAUCAAUGGAUGUCUGACUUCGGCAAAUGGAACCGCUUAGUUUAAGCUAACAUUAAUUAUAGCUUUCCCACUUGUAAAUUGUCCUCCCCAGAGGCCAAGCAUGGCCUAACCCUUAAAUAUCGGUUGCGCAGUGUUAUGUGAUGAAAAUAGAUUAGACAUCGUUCUCAUAUCUCUGUUUUACUUUCAUCCUCAUGUAUAUUUUAUGUUGUAUUUAGAUUCUUGGAUGACGUGGCUCUCCAUCAUUUGAUCGAUGCUUUGUGUCGACUGAUGUCUGAAUCUGCUGACCAAGCAGAAACCACCAAGGUAUGCCCUGACUUCAUAACAAACACGAUCAAUUUAUUACGCACCAAGUUAUAUAACAACAUUUAUUAACAAUAAUUUUUUUCAAACCAGGAUCCUUCGUUGUUUCCGAUCGCAAAGUUGCUGGAAACUGGCUUGCAUAAUCUUCAUAGGAUACCUGUACUUUGGAAACCGCUCACCGCUCACUUACUCGAGGUAAAAACAUCCGAAGUGAAAGAGAGCUGAAAUUUUCUUGCAAGAGAGCUGGAAUUUUUCAUACAAACACGAGGCGAUAUUUGUCAUUUCAGGGUCCGAUAAUUCCACAUUCUUAGUCGAACCUGACUGGUACUCCCAUGAUUAUUGCCUCAGCUGGUACACAACCUUAGAGCUGAAGGUGUACUUAGUCUUUAAAAUGAAGUACAUAAAGUACAAGUUUCAGAAUGGCAUUCAUUCCCAGAGGCAGAGGGCCGACAGUUCCGCAACUGUUCCUGGUUAGGUCUAACAAAUGUACAAAAAUUCCACUCCCAAUUUCAAUCUAUAAAGCCCUUCAACAAUUAGUUAUAUCGAGUGAGAUGCCAAAAUUCUGAUAUUAAUCUAUAGACCGUACAUUGGCAUCAGCUUGGUAUUUAUACAUGAACUUGUCACAUCUUGUGGUUAGAGCUCGACAACUGUCUCCCUGUAGCUCAGUUGGUUAAAGCGCUGCACCGGUAUCGCAGCGCCGCAUGCAAGGUUCGACUCCUGCCAGAGGGCUGAUAUGGCAGGUGUAAUUUUCGCAUCUGCUCCUGGUUACGUCUGGCAAAUGUAUAAAAAUUCCACUUGAAAUUUCCAUGUACAAAUCUCUUCAAACAAGAGCACAAUUGCAUAUAUCAUACAACAUCACAACAUCACGACAUGCGUUAGUAAUAGUCCCACGACCCCAUCAGUCCAAUCAUGUUAGACAUACACAUAUACCUACUUGGAAAGGUCAAAUAUUAGUACCACUGUACCAGCAAAAAGUAAGUACGCAGAUAUCAAGAGUGCGGCGUACCUGGCUGCAAAAACCGUGGUACUUGGCUGAUAAAAAAGAAGUACCAGACUGUAAUAGUAUAGAUGUUCAGAUUUGACUUCCACUAUCGCUACCUCUAACUGGCUUAGUGCGCAUCUGAUUGGUUAAUCGGAUAUAUCAAACGCAUUUGAUUGGUCAAUGAUCCCUUAAUGGUAGCGGUCGCCGGUAGUCGAAGUCAAAUCUGAACCUCUCUACUGGCUUACGUCAAUUAGUGAAAUUGUUAAAAUUGAUGAUGUGAACAUUUGGCUCUUUGUAAUUCUUUGCAGGUUUGCCAGAAUCGUCACACGCGCAUGCGUGAAUAUGGCGCCGAGGCUGUGACGAUGUUGAUUCGCGAGGCAUUGAACCACGAUCAUAAACCCCCGCUUGUUGCUAAUUCGGUAAGUAACCGUGCAAAAUGAAAUCAUUUUAAGAAUAUAGUCUUGAAAGUUCAGUGCCAGCGUGGGUAACAAUGAGAACAAGCAACGAUCCCACAGUCGAUCACCGCGUGACCGCGUACACAUUAACAUAAACUCAGACAAAACAUAGCACAAUGCCUUCUUCUUAUUUUCCAGACAAUCGUAUCUCUAUAAACUAUGGUCUCGAGUAUAAGCAGAACUUACUGAACAUCAGACGUCAUUUUCUUUUUGACUUUGGCAUAUCCGCCAAAAUCUUUUCAUAUAUUAAACUUUUGGUUGUAGUCAUACCAAAUCAAUCGUGUAUUAUAUACGUGUUACCUAACCUAACAUACAAAAAAACCUCCUCUCACAAAUUUUUAAAAUAAAAUGUAACUUGUCGAUGAUUGAUGAAUUUUUAAUCAGAGUUCGUACGCCCCCUGGAGAUCCUGCAUGAAAAGGCUGGAUUUUUAUUUUAGUGCGAAAAAAUCCUUGAAAGUUCUAAAUUUUUGAGAUAAUGAAGGUGUACGAACCCUGUUUAAUGAAACAUGAAUGAAUUUCACUAUGUUUGCAUUUUACAAUUCAGCAACUGCAAUCUAUGAUUCUAUCUCCGCUGCAAGAUAUGUCGGGCAAUAACAACAGCGAUGUACGGAACAGACAACUGGAUUGUGUUCUGAAGGUAAAUGGUUUACAUCAGAUAAUUAUGUAUUUUCUAUUUGACAAAUGAAACAAAGUAUGGCCAUGGUCAUUUUUUCACUAACGCUACAUGCAUUUACGUUGUUUGCUUAGAUUCUUCAGUUGAAUGGUCAAAAUUUAGGAACGGGAUGGCCAGUUAUCGUCGGCGUGGUUGGAGCGGCCACCAAUCAAAAAGGGUAAGGUUUUAUGCGUAUAUUAUACAAAUAAUGAACGUUUAUCAGUGCAAUAGUAAAAAUAUUUUCAUGAGAUGAAAGAUGGAAUUUUCCAUUCCAUGAGGCGACAGCCGAGGGCAAAGAGAACUAGAUAUGCUGUGGUACAAUCAUACUGUGACUUACGCCUGUAUUCUAAAAGCUCACUCACACUCAAUGUGUGGAAGUUCAGCUCGAGUGUCAUUGCUGUUUUUGAACAGGUGGAGGACGAGUGUCAUACUUUACUAUGUGACUACUCGCUCUCCAGCUAUUCAAAAACAGCAUUGACACUCAAGAGAAGCUCAGAUUGAACCGCCACUCAUUGAGUGUAAGUGAGCUUUUAGAAUACGGGCGUUAGUUGUCUUAUAUUGUUAUUUUACAUUAUUCAUUAGACUGGGGUUAUGCUCUGUCUGCCCACCCAUCAUCUGUAAUUCUAAAGCCGUUAAAACAUACGGCCACGAUAACUAACAUGUGUGUUUCAUUUUAGUUCCGCCAUAAUACAAGCUGGAUUUCAAAGUCUUCAACUCAUUGUGACGGAUUACCUUCCCAUGAUUCCUCAUUCCAACUUGAAACUGGUCAUAGAGGUUGUCGGGAAAUAUGGUCUGCAACCGCAGGAGUUAAAUAUCAGUUUGACUGCCGUUGGAUUGCUGGUAAGAUCAUGGUUAUUUUAAUGAUGUGUAAAAUUUCGAUGAUGGUUAUGAUGAUGGUAAAGUUGUUGGCAAGUGUGGUUUGCAAAUACAGUAGUUGAUAUGAACAUCAGAUGUUUAUCUGCCAUUCGGCAACUUGUAUAUUAUAACUGUUGAUGACCAUUUCAUUAAUUGUUAAAGUUUUUUUUGCAAUGAUGGUGUAAAAAUGCCUGAAAAGCUGUGAUGCUACAGAGAUGGAAAUACUGUAUAUAAAUGCUAUAUAGUCUUCAUUCAGGUGUUUUUGUUCGGCCAUUAGCUGAUGCAUUGACCAUAACCAACUAACCUAGCCCUGGAGGUUUUUUACUAAACUAAGCUAGACUGAUCCUAACCUAACCUAACCUAACCUAACCUAACCUAACCUAUACUGAACUGAACUGAACUAUGCUAAACUAAGCUAAGUUAGUUUAGUUAGUUUGAUAGUUUAUUUGACACUAAACUUACAGCUCCAGAAUAUAUCUAAUUCCACUGCUGAAGUAUGUUAGGUUUACAAAGAUAUUAAAAAAGAUAAACUAAUUUUUACAUGUAUUUUAUUUAAGAAAAUGAAUAAGAUUAGACUAAAAUUCUUGAAAAUACACAUUCACAAACACAUAUGCGCAGACGUAUAAUUUGUUACUAAAAUACUCUCUAGUGCUAUAAUUUAAAUUGGGUUAAAAAACCAGCAUAUUCAUGGUAAAAACAGUUUCUAAGUUAUACUAAGCUAAACUAAAUUAAACUUGAACUAACCAAACCUGAACUGGAGUGGACUAAGCUAAACUAAGCUAAGUUAAACUACAAUCCUGGUCAAAACCAUCUGCGACACUCUAUUAAAACAUUCCCUCGUGGCUUCUUUUUAUAUUAGACAGGAAUAAUGUACUCGUUUGCCCCCCCCCCCCCAAAUCAAUGUUGGACCUUUUAACCGCCGUAUUCUGGGAAUGCAAUUAACAUUGAAUGGUGGAGGGUAAGGAGGACGUUUUUCUAAAUUGGCGAUAAUAUUACGAAAGUUUGUCAACUAUUUGGAAGUGUCGCAGAUGUUUUGUUCAGGAUUGUAACUACAAUCUAAUUUAACCUAAACUAAGCUGACCUAACCUAACCUAACCUAACCUAACCUAACCUAACCUAACCUAACCUAACCUAACCUAACCUAACUUAACCUAACCUAUAAGCUGAACUGAACAAAGCUAAACUAAGCUAGCUAAACUAAACUAACCUAACCUAACCCAAGCUGAACUAAACUAAACUAAACUAUAAACUAAAAAAACUCAAUUAAACUAAGCCAAGCUAAACUAAACUAAAUGUGCCGAUUCAGUAACCGCGGAAAAGGACUAUUGGCAUUCGAAGACUGAAAUUCACUUAAAAUCCUUGUUUUUAUAUUUCAGUGGAACAUCUCAGAUUUCCUCAAUCAAAAUCGCGUCACCAUUCAAGAAGCUUUGGAGCAACUAGACACCCAGGCAUCAGAGCCAACAAGAGAUGAGCCCACACUGCCUGCCUCUGACCGCCUGUGGAUGGCUCUAUAUUCCAAGAUGGGUGAACUAUGUGUUGAUCCUAGGCCCGCGGUCCGCAAGAGUGCUGGUCAGACAUUAUUUUCGACCAUCAGUGCGCAUGGCUCUCUGUUGGAUAAAGUCACGUGGUACACCGUGCUUUGGCAGGUAUGUCUCUGACUGCAGUAGAUCUAAUAAAUUGAUCAAUAAAUCAGUGAAUAGACCUAUAGUUAGUAAUCCUCUAAACGUGUAAAAACGCGCAAGUCGCUACAGAUCUGCAAACAAGUUUUAACAAGGUUGUUGUCAAGCCGAUAUCAGGAUGUGUUCUCAAUGCUUAUUCCCAGUUGUUGUGAGAAAUUUGGAACAAGUUGUUAUCACCUUGUUACAAGGUUAAUAGCGGUAACAGACUUGCUACAAGUUGUUCCAACAAGACUAGUAUAGGCUUUCGUCACAAGUUGCUAUGAGCUUGUUGUCAUCAUCUUGUUAAUAGGGAGCUUAAGAUCUACAACGCGAAUUUGUGUCGCGGACGUGCUUACCUAAGCCUAGUUUUAGAGUGUAAGCCUAGUCAGAGUUGUCAGAGUUUAUUUCUUUGAGAUUUGCGACACUGUGAUGACACGUUAACAGCCGUACGAAAUGAUAGAAACCAGGCUUUAUAGACUAUUGUUACGAAUGCACAUUUUCCCGCCAAAACUACCAUCCGAGACGACGUGAUAUUUGCAAAGAUUCGUCGUCAUAGAAGUCGUAAAAACUUAUGAUAAAAAAUAUCUUCUUAAUAUAUUGCUAGCCUCUGUUAUGUUGUAUAUUUUUUCCAGUAUAAUUUCAUUUUAUUUACUGUGAUACAAAUAUUUUAAUGGUAUUUGCCAUCGUUUUAAAAUAAAACUUGUUUAAUGCGACGUCCGCGUCGUAAGUUCGCGUUGUAGAUCUUAAGCUCGCUAAUAACCCGUUACGUGCAGACGAUAUCAGACUUGGUGGAACAACUUGUUGCGAGUCUGUUGGCCUCGUCAACCUUGUUACAAGAUGAUAACAACUUGUUCCAAACUUGUUAUCUGUUUCAUUAUUUAACUGGAAGGAUUCCCUUAGAUUGGGUACGGUGUGGCUGUGAAAUUUUAUUCAUAAAGAUGGAUUUUAGGCAUUUGCGUCUUAAUUUUACGGGUUUCCAGCUCCCGUCAACGGACCUAUUACCUAAUUUCAAAAUUUUGAUCUAGACCAGCCUAGACAAAGUAAUAUAAUCAGUAAUAUUCCGAAGUUUUGUUGCGGAAUGUUGUAAAAUGCGGAUAAUAUAGCUCUGCGAAGUUUGCCAUUUUUCAGUCAUUUUGUAUUACGCACGGGAAAUUGAUACCUUUUUUCAGAAAGCGGUAUCAAUUUCCCGUGCGUAAUACAAAAUGACUGAAAAACGGCAAACUUCGCAGGGCUAUAUUAUCCGCAUUUUACAACAUUUUCACAACGAAACUUCGGAAUAUUACUAAUUUUGUGAUGCUCUUUCAAACUGUGAUGAAAUUUUUGUCUAGAUCAAAAUGUUGUUCAUUAGGGAAUAGGUCCACUGUUUCGUGUUCAUUUUUGUGUGGGGGUAAUUUGGUUUUCUACCAUUCUCUACCAUUGUUCUAACUCGCAUCUUUUCCCGCCAGGUUCUGUUUCCUCUGUUAGAGCGUGUGAAGACAAUGUCAAGUGCAGCCGCCUCAGUCCCCCCACCUAGUGACUCGGCCACACAAGGCAGGAUCCUCAUGCACCAUUCACGUGAUACGGCCGAGAAACAAUGGGACGAAACACGCGUGUUGUCCCUCAACGGCGUGGCGCGUGUAUUUAAUACGCGACGUCAACUCCUCGCAUCGUUGGACGAGUUCCCAAGGGCCUGGGCUCUUCUCUUGGAAUUCAUCGAAGCAUCCGCUCUGAGCAAGUCCGCUGAGGUGUCGCUGGCGGCAUUAAAAAGCUUCCUAGACAUCGUUCAAGAUCCGACGCCCGACGACGAGACGAAACAACCAGAAGCCGUAUUCAAUGCGAAAAGUGGAAACUUUGUAAGCAAAGGCCGAACUAAACUUAAAGUAAAACCGAAAUUCUGUGAGGCAAGCGAAGAUAUAAAUUUGUGGGUCAAUGCUUGGCGUGUUUGGCAUAAUAUCGGCACAACAUCCACUUCACAAACACAUACACUUAGGGUUAAGAAGGACUCUAAUGGACAAGUGGUUAAAUACCGCGUUUAUCCUACGCAAUCCUUCCUAUCCGCUUUAAUCGACGUUUUCCCUUAUUUAUUUCCCCGUAUCUACUCUCGCUUUGGACUUUCUGAUUUACAGAAGUUAUCGCAAGUCUUAGUGAGUUCGCUCAGGGUACCUGUGCAUAUAGACUCAGCCCCAUUCCUAACGACCGCGCACGAUUCUGCUCUGACGUCAUUGCAAGUGUCGAUUUCAAAUGCAUUGGAUAUGCUACGCGAGCCAAUCCCAGAGCAGGGAUCCGUGUUGGACAACGCUUCACAGCCAAUGUAUCCGACGGUAUUUGCAAUGUUACUACAAGUAGUGAACCUCGCCUGUCAUCCCCCGACUGUAGACGAAGCCGAGAACGGAGCGAAUAAGAAAAAGGACUGGGUCAUACCAACUUUGGUACCGUUUUCCGAGAGUUGCUUGGAACGCGUCGUGGACUUGUACCAAGUCUGUGCGGGCAACGAGAGUGUGAUUCAAGAUCACGUGUUUUUUAGCAUUGUUAAGGUAGGUCUGGUGUGGUUUUUAUGCUAUCGAAAUUUUUGAAGAUAUUCUUCGGCAAAAUGAAUUUAGAACUAUGACUCCGACUGGACCUGCAUCGGCCAAAUGUUUUAAUUGAUGUUUACCCCAAAAUUGUCUUGGCAGAACACCAAUAUAUCCGCAACUGAAUAUCGAUUGACGCUACCCAUUAGAGAUACAGAUUUUUCAAACUGUUAAAAUUGUUAAAACCAGGUCAAACGAGAAUGAGAGUUGAGAAGCGAGAGUUUGCAUGAGAGUUUUCUCAACUCUCAUGCCCCGGUCAAACGAGAACAAGAGUUGCAUGAGAGUUUAUGAGAGUUGAGAAGGGAGAGUUUCCAUGAGAGUUUUCUCAACUCUUAUGCCCCGGUCAGACGAGAACAAGAGUUGAUGAGAGUUGAGAAGCGAGAGUUUGCACGAAAGUUUUCUCAACCCUCAUGCCCCGGUCAAACGAUAACAAGAGUUGCAUGAUCAUAGCGUAAUGAGCAAUUUGUACUGAUCAUAGUGUAAUGAAUAUUCUAUUUCAGACCUUGCAUCAUCCGUUGAAACUAAAGUAUCAAUGUCAACGACAAACGACGUGGAAACUGGCCAUCAAUUCGUUGAUAACAAUUUUAGGAAAAGGACUACCUGUUGCUUAUAAAGAUACCCGUACAGGUAUGAAUAUAUACAGUAUUUGUUUUUAGCCCGUGUUUUAAUUAAGGCCAUGAGUAAAUCCGAGACGAGCAAUUUUCUUUGACAAGUCUCUUACUUUCUUUGUAUAAAAUUCAUUCUAUAGUUAUCCUUGCUUUUGAAAAAGAAAAAUGUAUUCCUAUUCUUCAAUAAGCUGCCAUGGUUAUUAAAAAUGCUGUAAGAUGGCAUUUUUAGUAGAAAUUUCGAAAUGAGAUCUAAUUUCGCGCUACCUUCUAGCUUAACAUUGCCAGAAAUGAUGGACAUAAUUUAUUCUACCCCUUUAUUAGUAAUUUGCAUAUCACGUUUAAACAUGGCGGAAUUUUGCGCGCGGAGCGGAAUUUUUCUUUGUCUUGUGAUUUCUCGGGUGGAACUAAUUGCAAAAGACAAAGAAAAAUACCGCUUCGCGCGCAAAAUUCCGCCUAGUGGAAAACUGGCUUUACUUCUUAUUGUAUAGAAGCCACAUUUCAACUGGUUAUACAUCGAUGAUAUGCAAAUUAAUAAGGAAAUAGAACAGAACUUGAAAUAACAGCCGAUCAAUGAUGGACAAGCAAUUGCUUAUGAUCGGCGGAAAAGCAGGGUUUCCAUACUGAAAAAAGCAGGGGGAAAGUCAUGACAGUCGAUCACCAUGAUCGGGAACUUUGGGAACGUUAUUUCAAGCCCUGUUUGAACAAUCAUGUCAAUGAUUUCAGGCCAUGUCUAAAAGAUCACAGAUAUUGAAUCUAUAGGACUAUAUAAUAACUACCUCUGUAUGUUGACGGAUAAAUAAUAUUAAGCGAAAACGUUUCUUUUCAGAGCUGUUUCAUUCAAUGUGGGAAGAACUUGCAGCGACGUUUGAAGAUUUUCUGUUUGCUACCAGGUUUGCACUUCAUUCGUAGCUGAAGAAAGUAAAAUAAACUAAAGCUAAACGUUUUCUUUCUUUUUAUGCAUUUUCAGUAACCCUCCUGACACCCAAACAUUGGAGAAUCACUUGAACGACGAACAACUGGAUCUCAAGGUUUGUAUGUAUAUCUGUAUUUUUGUAUUUGUAUUAUAUUUUGUAUCGGAGGCCCCGUGUCUUGGUUUAUGCAAGAAUUGGUCGGUUCAUCGUCACGUGUGUAUUGUAUUUUCGCUAAAGCAACCGAUAGCUAUGUUUUCAUUUAACCAUUGUGGAAUAUCACGACUGCAUGGGUGAUUAAACUAACACACUGCUAUUGGUUGGUUGGGCAAAAAAACAACACACAUGUGACGAUGAACCGACCAUUUUUGCAUAAACCAAGACAAAAAACGUAAAUAAUGAGGUCUAUUAUGUUUCCAUCGAGUCUCCUAACGUUCUUAAUCUAUUGACUAUGACUGGAUAGAGCCAUUCUCUAUCACUUUAUUCUGUUCUCUGUUUCUGAUUCAGGUACUUCAUGUUAUUCGUGAUGACAUCCUGCCUCACUCACAUAUCGUCCCACGUGACUUUCUGUCAAGAAUAAUGACGUUAUUAAACAAAGGCUCCAUACAUUCUGCAACAAACUCCACUUUGGAAGGUGUGUAUGCCUUGCACAUACUUCUUGCACUAAACUCGUAUUAAACUUUUUUUCUUAUGGUCGAAUUAUUCGAGAUCGACUUGUAGGCAAGUCUAAUGGUCGAAUAUGAGAUGACUGAUUUAGUGCUAUUUUAGUAAAGUAGGACUAAACCUGAAACCCUUAGGCCCGGUUUAGACGGCGAACUUCUCAUGCGCCGAAUCUAAUGCAAGAAUUAAGUGCGACGCUGGAGCGGCGUCUAAAUCAAUUAAGUUCGACAGGUUUUGAUUAAGUUCGACAUGACUCGAAGAUGCGACAAGACAAGUCGUAUAUGCGACACAGGUUCGACAUUGAUUUAGACGCCGUGCUUUUCAUGCGCCGAACCUAAUGCAUAAUUAUUUUUUAACAUCAUAAUAUGAUUAUCAUAUAUUUGCAUUGUAAAUAUGUCCAAUAUAGUGUCCUCGCAAUUUGGUACGGUACAAUUAAGUUCGACGUCUAAAUCAGCUCCCGAUAUUUUGCCGUAUCUACGACAAUUAGAUUCGGCGCAUGAAAAGUUCGCCGUCUAAACCGGGCCUUAGAUACCAGAACUAAAUUUUAACUAAAACAAAAUUAGCAUCAACUACUAAAACUACACGGAGUCUAAAAAUUAAGGAGCACAAUUGCUGCAAACUAGGACUAAAUUUUAAACAGCAAACUUGCAUAAAAUUUGGUCAACAACUUGUAUGUUCUUCGUAGUUUUGCAUGGCAAUAUUAUGUACGUUUUGGUUUGUGUAAACACCAGUUUUACUGUAUUUUCGACAACCGUUCAAUUCAAUGUUUAAUCUUUAGGUUUGGACGGCAGCAAAUUUCCAUUGAGAGAGGAGUUUGCCAAGACAUGUUUUGAAAUCCUUUUGGAAUUUUCAUUUUCGAAUGGCGAUGCGAGGGGCACUCAGAAAGGUACAAAGAUAGCGUUCCAGUCAGUGGCUAGCCACAGCUCAGUGGCGGACACUUUAUGAAAUAUCGUGGGGGUUCUAGGGGGAUCUGGGGCAUUUCCCCCCCCCCCCUCCCCGGAAAAUUUGAUCCCCGGAAAUGGCAUUUCCAGCAUUCUGAGAAUACAUUUUAAAUAAACAUUAAUUGACCUAACAGACACUAAUAGUGUUGGCGAUGAAACAUGGACGAGUGAUAACACCUUUGCAGUCACCUACGCCAUUUGAGCAUUGUUUUCAUUUCUUGUUAGCAAACCUUUUUAGUCUAUCUGAAGAGAAAAUAUUUACAUGUUUAUUUAAAUUUGUGAAUGGAAUUGCAAGGUGGUUUAAUUUAACACGCCAAUGACAAUGUCAAAUUUUAUUCGCUAAGUGAGUGAAAUUUAUUCGCUGCGUGAAUGAGUGAAUGUUAUGAACUGCUACCCAAUUCAUAACUUUAUUAUUCUAGUUCACAGAAGCAUAGAGCAGAGUAAAGGUAAGGGACCGGUCAUUAUUUAAGGCGGGGGGGGGGUGGCACCGAAGAGAAAAGGGUUGGGUAAACGAAAUUUUGAGUAAGUAAAAGGUUGGGUAAAUGAAAAACAAAACAACUCAAGGGUUGGGUAAUACAAAUUUAUUGCCAUUUCCAAAGCAUGACCCACUGAAAUAUUGGAGACUGAAAACAGCAAUGUCAACAGUCAUUUGUCAAUACAAUAUGUGAAUCAAUCAGAGUCACUAUCUUGAUCAUAGUUUGACAAAACAAAUUGUGUUUCCAAAGAAAGUACAUGUGCAGACAACAUGAAACUUUAGACUGCAGAAAAUUUCACAAGCCGUUAUCAAACUCAUGUCACUGAAGUGAUAAAGGACAUGCAUGACAACUGAAUGGUAUCCUUUUGUUAAGUUUUUGGCCAGGGGUGGGUAGUUAUUUUUUAAUUGAUAUUUGAGGUUGGGUAAUCAAAUUUUUGUCUUUUUAAUGGUUGGGUCAGCAAAAUUUUUGACACGGAAAACAUUUCUCUUCGGUGCCACCCCCCACCAUAAAUAAUGACCGGUCCCUAACUAAGCAUUAUAUAAGCAUAAGAGUUAUUCACUCAUGUAGAUAAUUCUGAAGCUUAUAGUUUCCUUUGUUCUAUUCUAUGCUUUUGUAAACUACAAUCCUGGCCAAAAAGUUGUGGACAACCCACAGACAUUGGCUUCGAAUAGCGUAUCUCUAAAUAAAUAUCCCCCUCCAAACCGAUGUUGAAUGGGAUUUUUCAUAAAUACGAAGUGUGGAUAAUUCGGAUAUACAACAUUGAAGAGGGGGAGUGGAGGGUAUGUGAGUAAAUUCAAGUUUUAGCUGUUCGGAUUUUUUCAAAAGCAGAUUAAGUGUCCACAUGAUUUUUGGCCUGGAUUGUAGAACAAUAGUAACUAGGCGUGCGAGUUAUCUAAAGUUGUCAAUUGGGUAUAAACACACCGACACACGUUAGCCAAAUUUGCCUAUUAGCAUGAUUAACGUUUUCCAUUAUACUCUAUUCCUUUCAGAAGCGAAAGUGUCGCAACUAGCCAUCGACUCUCUGCUGGGCCGUUGUAAAGAAGUUCUUUCUAAAUACACCGAGGACGAUAAACUUGGCGGGAAAUGUCCUUUACCCAGGUAAACGUGCUAUUCUUUACACUUGCAGUCACGUGGCCACUGACCCUCGGUAAUUUAAGGCGGAUUUCCAGUCCUCGCACGAAGCUCCUCGCAACCCGCAGUGAGUGAUGCAUGAGCACUUUCAUCCAAUCACAAUGCUAAACCGUUAAUUUUAAUUAGAUGCAAGCACUCGCAGCGAGCUGCGAGGUGCUUCGUGCGAGGACUGGAAAAGCGCCUUUAGACAUGUACACAUUUGGCACACCCGCUGUCGUCAAAACACCAUCAUGCUCAUGCCAAUCACAAUCUCUUAUACCAGUUGUAUAGACUCAACUCAUGGGACUUGGAAUCGAGACGGAUUCGAGUUGCAAUUUUUGUGACUUGACUUGUUAUUGAGAUUAACGACUUGUGACUUGAUUUGGCUUGGCUUGGGCUUCCAAGAAGUGACUAGUUACAAACUCAAGUGAAACGUAAACUCGUAAAUAUCUAGUGGAAAUAAUUUUUCCACAACUAGCACUGGAAAUUCAUCGAUUCCCAGUGACAAGUGCGGCCAGGGGCGGUUAUAUACGAAGGUCGGAUAGUGAUUUUUUCAACCUUUGUAAAAUGCUUGAAAAACUGUGAAACUACGGAUAUAAACGACACAAGAAGUAUAAAAAACAUUUAUAAAACUUUAAAACGUUUAUAAAACACUAAACUUUAAUAUGAGUUAUACCAAUCAACGACUGAUUUAACAAAGCUUGAAAAAAUCAUUAUCCGGUGGAUAGCGCUAUCCGGCCUUCGUACAACCGGCCCCAGAUUGUCAUGGAUUUCCCCAUUCGGUAAAAAGAACUGUACAGAAUGAUGUUCGACUUGACUUGGUCACUAACAAAACUAUGACUUGUGACUUGACUUGACUUAAAACUCGGAGUGGAUGCAGGAACAAGCAAUCGCUCCAAACUUCACAGACGUUAUUAAUUUAGUAACGUCUGUGACAGAGGCUACGCCGCGGGCAGAGCGUCUGCGACGCAAGUCAUCAGACAUUCUUUUCACUUGCGACUCAGGCGAAAAUAUAGUCAGACAACUUUGAAACCAUUACUUCCUCUACCUCGUCUUAUACGUAUAUUUCCUGUUCAGAACGAGAAUGGCUGAAGUAACGUUCGUUAUAAAAGCGAUGGCAACCUUGGUGUCAUCUUUAAAGAAAACUUCAAAUUCCCCUUCCAGUAGCUGUAAAGGUAAGUCUGUUGCGUUGUUUGUACAGUACAAUUUAUUCCAACAAAUUGUUACCGAUGUGCCGUUUAGCAAGUAAGGCUCCGUUUUCAUGAAACCGGUGCGAAAUGAGAGCGGGGCCAAAAUUCAACUUGUACAGCACGUUCUACAUGUAGCCUGUGGACAGACUGUAUACGCUUGUGGUAAAGUCUGUGAAGAAUCAUACGAGAGCUUGUGGAACCCUAGCUUCAGUAUCAGGCUCUAUUUUACAAAUAUAGUCUCACUCUCGACCCACAGUAAAGUUUAUAUUUGGUAUCCAAUCAAAAUGUCCCAGGAGAAAUGUUAGUUUCACACAAUAACGAGGCCCACAAAGGGUUAUGACCGAUAGGCGACAUUCCUUAAGAAGAGGCGACAGACUACUAUCUAAAAGAGAUCGACAAACGAAUUUAAACCUCUUGCUCGACUUUUUCAGUGGAUCCUAAACUAUGGUCACAAGUGGUCGAAAUCUAUCCGUGUCUUGUCGAUUGUAUUACGUGUAGUUCCGACGCUGUGCGAGACGCUUUGAAACAGACACUUUUUGAAUUCAAAGAUCUUCUACUGCACAAGCCUAAUAGCAAGAUGGCGGAAAUGAAUCAUCAAUGAAAACCUGGCGCAAGUAACCACGAAUCAUCAUAAAAAGGAUCGGUUAAUGAAUAAAGAAAAGCUUGCCUUGUCUGCCUCGCAUACGCCGUGUUUAUUUGCGCCCGGUUGAACUGGAAGUUUACCUGAGUGUGGUGAAUUAUUUCUGUGUUCAUAUACCUGCUUUUCAUUAUUUCUGUGUUCAUAUACCUAUAUUUUGUAAACUUGACGUCUUCGAAAUAUUUAUAAAGGGAAAUGGCAAUAUGAAUAUUCAUUUUUUUCAUUUGAAAGAACUUAUGAAACUAUAUGUUAACUUCUUUUACCGAUUUUUUAUAUCUUGCUUCUUGAAAUAUUUUCACUUGAGUGAUCUUGAUAUUUCGACAGAGUGUAGUUUUGAGUGCAAAAUGAUUAGUGGUUGUCCAGAUAAAAAUUUUGCGUGACCCUGUUGUGACGUGACAUGCAUAUCUACAAAAAUGAAGAUGGUGGCCAUUUCACUCCUUUCGAUCAAAAUAUUUGUAGAAGUAAGCAAGAUAUGAAAAAGAGUAUUAUAUAUAGUCUUUUUAAAUGAGAAAAUAAAAAAUGAUAUAUUGUCAUUACCCCCCUUAACAUGCAUGUAGUACUUAAAGAUGCUGUAAAGUCCGUUCUGCGCAGGCCUACAUUCCAAUGGCACCUUCCGAAUUUUCUUGAAUUGAAUCUCUAGUCUGUAUUCAUUUACAAGCAUAGCGAACCAGAAGAGUGUUAAUAAUUCAGUAUAAUAUAUAUCUAAUCAUAUUUUACAACUGUAGCACUGAGUUCAAAAUGUAAACAAAGCGUUUGUUUACAUUACGGACUUUACAUCACCUUUAAAAAACCGCUUGGUUUCCUUGCCACUUUAAUAGUGUCUGUUUAGGUCUAUUAAUUUUAUUUUUUGUUUGUAUCUUCCAACCAUGUCGUUCAUCACUAUAUGACGGCUGAUUUAGACUACACAACUUUUACCUAAACUGUCGCUUGCAUCCCGCUUACAAUCUGAGUUGUGCUGUCAGUGUAAAUCAAGCACCCAACCACAUCAGCCGUGCAACGUGUCCUCGUUUUUUUUAUGCACAAAUAUGCAGUUUACUGGCCAGAAGGCGGAGCAGCCAGCCAGUACAGCGUGUUUAUUGGCCAGUAAAAUGUCAUUGACUGGCUAGGAAAAUGGCGGCCAACAUGCGUAAUGCGACAUGCGCGAGGACAGAAACUUCAAAGCUUCCGACGUAAGUGGCCCUUCUAUAUGGAUCUUUAUUCUAUGACCCAACUCACCUUUGGCCUGCAUGGCAGGCGGUCCCUAAAAUCGGGCCAAGUUAGAACGCCUGCCAAGCAGGCUAACUCACCUUAGGGGAGUUGUAUGCUCGAUUUAUACAGUACAACUCAGUUGUAAACGGGUUGCAUGCGACAGUUUUAGGCAAAGGUUGUGUAGUUUAAAUCGGCCUUUAUAGGUCAAAACCGGCAAGAAAUGUCCAUCCCGGUCAGGUGGAUAAAACCUUCAUGUAGAAAAUUCUAUCCCACUCAUGACUGAGAUAGCUUGUGGUGAACACAAGUUGAAUUUUAUAUGUGUUAACAAAGGGCAUUCAGAUCUCACUCAGGUGAAUUUCCCGGUUAGCUGGACUCAUAUAAACACGCCCUACAACUCGCCUGCGAUUUUUAAUUAUUCAUGUGUACAAUAUUCUCAAUUUCAUUUUAUUAAUGGCCGUCAUCUUCACAUUGCCAUCACACUAAGUCUGUUCCCUGUUGCAGAUGUAUUUAAACUUUACAAAAAUGGAAUAAUUUUUCAUCUCCCUUGUAUUCACUCUUCCCGGAAUUCCCCACUGAAUAAUUAUAAAGACCAAUUUUUUGCUGAUUACUCAAAAUUGUAACACUCAAAGUGCUUGUACGAAAAUAUACCCCAGUUGUGUCUUGAUUUGCAGUUCUACUACUAUAUGUCACUAACUAUUGAAUAUUCAAUAAUGUACGAAAAUAAAUUUUAUAUUAAAAUAUUAAAUUUUUUUACAAGGUGCUAUCAUUUACAUGGGUGCACUGCCCGCAGUAAUUGAUUAAAUUACUUUACAAUUUCGUACUCAUACUUUUGACUUUGAGUUCGCUCAUUCGCUUCUGUCAGGAAAAGAAAAUCGUCGACAAACCAGGGUUUGUGUGAGCUACUACUUCUAAUUAUUGUUCUCGCAUUUCGUCAUUACUGGUAUAUUUUGUAUGAUUUUAUCCAAUUGAUAUUAACUGUACGGUUACUUCAAUUUGCUUUGGUCAUCGCCCCUCUGGUUGUACGAUUUUAUCUGUACCUCCCCCCCCGGGUGAGGUGACAUAUUAUCAACGAAUCUUGAAGAGAAUUGGGUCUUUCUCGGAUUUGGUUUAAUUCGUCUCGAAAAGUUUUGUUAUGAAUCGAGUCUCGUGGACAAGUUCCCUGCCAAUACAACGCACGUAGUAGCUCGGAUACUUCGUAUGUGACACGAAUGUCGAUAUCUUCAACACGCAUGAACGUGUUCACGUGUUACUUUUCUUUUGUAGUAAUUGUAUUCGUAAACCAUUUCCAAGAUGGUGUCCGUUUCUUUUGUGGUUUCGCCAACAAAGCAGCCUUGAAUACCUCAUUUACACCAUGUCCUGUCAAGGCUGAACAUUCUCGAAAUGCCACCGCUUUAAUUUUCCUCGCUAUUGCCCGCCCUUCGGAUGAGGACACCGGCCUUUCAUCGUUCUCCGACAACUGACCGACUACUGACGAGGUGUACCGAAGAUCAGUUUUAUUUGCCACCAAAAUGAUUGGUACAUCCGGGCAAUAUUGCCUUAGUUCCGGUACCCAUUUUUCGUAGACGUUCGCCAAAGACUCGGGACGAUCUACCGAAUACAUGACGACAAAUACCGAAGCUUUACGAUAUAACAUCGGUCGGAAAAUUUCGAAGUCCUCCUGCACAGCAGUGUCCAAUAGUCUUAAUGAGAUGUUGCGUCCUUCGUACUUCACUUUGCUCGUGUAGUUCUCGUACACUGUCGGUAUGUAGUCGGUCGUGAAUCGGUUUCCGAGGUAGACGCCUACAGUGGACGUUUUCCCACACAUUCCAUCGCCAACUAUAACAAUUUCUUUAACAGGAGUAGUCAUGUUCUAUAAAUAAUAAGAAAAG